CUAUCUUCUUUCAUCUCCCAACCCCAUUCCUACUAUUUAAUUUCGUCUCAUCGUCAACCAUCUCACAAAGUGAGAAAAUUGAAGUCCAAUGAGCAAUUACCAGAGAGCACCCGAAGAAGCAUACCCUCCUCCAGGGUUCGGAUCUCCUUACCCGCCACCUCAACCGGGUUACCCACCAGAAGUGUACCCUCCGCCGCCGCCGCCACCGGGGUAUUCGGGGUACCCUCCGCCGCUGCCACCUCAGCGUCCGCAGUAUGAUUCAUACCAGGGCUAUUUCAAUAACGGGUAUCCGCCGCCAGCUCCUCCGCCACAGUAUCAGUACCAGCAAGUGGAGCAUCAUCAUCAUCAUCGUCAUGAUGAGCCCGGUUGUUGUUGUUCAUUCUUGAAAGGCUGCUUGGCAGCGCUUUGUUGCUGUUGUGUGCUAGAGGAGUGUUGUUGCUUUUUCUGAUAAUCACACCACAAAAUAAAAUUGUCUCUUCGGUUUGGUGCACUUUUUCAUGGUUCUCUAGAGAAAUGUUGCUCCAAUUCGUACUUAAUGAUAUGUGUAGGAUAUGGUAAGUCUUGGUCAUUCUUGUAACUUAUUGGUGUUCCCCUCUGCCCCCCGAAUCCUGGUUUAUUCAUAGGUUCUGUGAAGUGGUCUAUGUCAAUUUCUCUGUGCGAAAACUAUGUUGGAAAUUGUAAACCGUUUCUUAUAUGUUAUAACAGUCAAUGAUAUGGUUAAGAUAA